AUGGCCCGGGAUCGGGCCAGGCGGCUCGAGCCCGGACUGGACAGCCCCAACCCGGCCCAAAUUAUUCAAAACCCUACCCGGUUCACGACCCGCGCCCGACCCGCUUCGAAGACCAAACCUUCUUCUUCUCUAGAACUUCUUGGCGGCGGUGGCGCGGCGGUGCACGGCGGGCUGCUUAGGGUGGUAGAGCACGGUCAUCGGAGCUCUGGCGACGGGACCGGCGGCGGACGGAGGCGGCAGCAGCGGCUGGUGCAGCGGAGCACGGUGUUCGGACUACGGGCGGAGACGGUGAGCAGCGAGCAGGGAAGUCCGGCGUCGCAGGGGCUGCAGCAAGGCGCGAAGGGGCGGCUACCGGCGCGGCGAAAGGCGAGCCUGGGAGCUCGGCUGCUGGUUGUGGGCGUCGACGGGCAAUGGUUCAAAGCUGCAAGGGCGACGGCAACGGAUGCGUGCUGCUCAGGCGGACCGGCGACGCAGCUUCGAGUAGAGGCAGCAGCGGGCGCCGGCGCUGGGUCGUGGCUGCUAGCGUCGGGGCUAGCUGCAGGAGCGCAGAGACCGGCGGAGGGCGAGGGUGCUCGCGGAGACGCAGCAGAACAGAGUCGGAGGCGGAACAGAAGCUCAGGCGGAGGGCGCGGAGGCAGCGACAGCGGGGCGGAGCUUCAGACGGCUGCAGGGCGACAGCGGGGCGGAGCUUCAGAUGGCUGCAGGGCGACAGUGGCGCGGCGACCGGCUCAGAUCUGCUGGGGUCGGGGACGGUAG